UCUCCAAAAUUGAACCUAAUCAGUCCAACUCGUCUUCGUCAGUCUAGCUAGGUUUCUCUUUUCAAUUUCGAUCUAAUCUGUAUCUAUCUUUCUAUCUAGCAAAGAUCAAUGGCGGUGAGGGCGUCGACAAUUCGUUUUCCGAUCGAUCCAGACGCGCUUGAAUCUUCUGGCGUACCGUGGGGUGUGACGGUGACGCCUUUCGCCGGAAGGGAUGAGAACGGGAAUCCUCCAACGUAUGGAUCGGAUGGACAUCUACUUCCUCGAUGCGAGAAUUGUUGGGCUUAUUACAACACUUAUUGUGAGCAGGAACAAUGGGCAUGGACUUGCUCACUUUGCGGGACUCUUAACGGACUAUCCUCUGAAGCUGUUAAUCGAUACUCUCUCCCUGAAGCUUGUCCUGAAAACGUUUCAUCUUUCAUAGAUCUUGAGCUCCCAAUGGAAGGGUUUGAAGAAGAGGGAAUGCAGGCUCAGCCAGUUUAUGUUGCUGCUGUUGAUUUGUCAUCUUCAGAAGAGUUUCUGGAACUUGUGAAAAGUGCUUUACUAGCAGCUUUGGAAGCUCUUGGACCUGGCUCGCUGUUUGGGCUGGCUACUUUUAGUCACAAAUUAGGACUUUAUGAUGUUCAGGGGCCUGUUCCAGUGGUGAAGAAUGUUUUCAUCUCCCCAGAUCCAGAUGUUACCUUGCCAAUUGAGCUUGAAGAUGUCAUGCCCUUGCUGUCCUUUUUGGCUCCGGUGGAUACAUGCAAAGAUAAAAUUGCAUCAGCUCUUGAGACACUGAGGCCAACGACUUCAUGGGAAAGGACAACAGCUGCAGGUCAAGGAUUAGAUGGAGUGUUCUUAGGUGGACGAGGUUUUGGAGCAGCAAUGGAAUCCUUAUUCAAUUACCUUGGCUCAGAAUAUGGAAACACAUUUGCUUUAGCUCGAGUCUUUGCCUUUUUAUCUGGCGCUCCUGACUAUGGAUCUGGGCAGCUGGAUACAAGACGUUACGGGGAGCAAUAUGCUAGUAAAGGAGAGGAUGCUGACCGUGCUCUACUUCCAGAACAGACUCCAUACUACAGGGAUUUGGCUACUGUUGCUGUUCAAUCAGGUGUUUGUGUGGAUAUAUUUGCUGUUACAAAUGAGUACACUGAUUUGGCAUCCUUGAAGUUUCUUAGCAUAGAGAGUGGAGGAUCACUAUUCCUAUAUUCAAAUACAGAUGACUCAACCCUUCCACAGGACAUGUAUCGGAUGCUAAGUCGCCCAUAUGCGUUUAACUGUAUUCUUCGGCUUCGGAUGUCUUCUGAAUUCAAAGCUGGUCAUUCUUACGGACAUUUCUUCCCAGAUCCACAGUAUGAAAAUGUCCAACACGUAAUUUGUUGCGACUCAUAUGCCACAUAUGCUUAUGAUUUCGAUUUUGCAAAUAAUAUUGGAUUUUCUAGACACACAUCAGAACCUCCUAUGUUACAGAUCGCAUUUCAGUACACUGUUGUUGUACCUCCUGAAGAGCUUUCUGGUUCUGAUACAAGAUCUGGAAAUAGAAAAAACCAUUCCCUUAAAAGAAGACUACGGAUCAGAACUAUGCAAUUUGGAACUGCUGGUAAUAUGAAUGAACUAUAUGACAGUGUUGACCCUGAUGUGGUUUUGUCGAUACUUGUUCACAAGGUCAUAUCAGCUUCUCUAGAGCAAGGAGUCCGUGAAGGAAGGAUACUGUUACAUGAUUGGCUAGUGAUCCUCACAGCUCAGUACAAUGAAACAUGUGAGUAUGGCCGUAGAAUUUCAGCAGGAAAUCAAAUAGAUGUCUCGUUUUCCCAGUGCCCACAAUUGCAGUCAUUACCUCGUUUGGUAUUUGCCUUGCUUCGUAACCCUCUACUUCGUUUUCACGAGGAAGGUGUUCACCCUGACUACAGAAUAUAUCUACAAUGCCUUUUCAGUGCCCUUGAACCGAGUUCACUUCACCAAGCGAUUUAUCCAAUGCUAUCAUCAUAUACAACUCCAGAUAAACAAGCAUUUCCUCGGCAUUCUCUGAGUCGUGCUGCUCUGAUAACAAGCGACAGCCCGAUAUUUUUCCUUGAUGCCUUCACAACUUUAAUAGUUUUCUACUCUUCAACAGCCGAUCCUUCGCUUCCUUUCCCUCCACCUCAAGACUGUUUGUUGAGGACAACUAUAAACAAACUGAAGCAAGAAAGGAGCAUAACUCCGAAACUAGUUUUCAUUCGCGGAGGUCAGGAUGAUGGUUCUGCUUUCGAGAACUAUCUCAUUGAAGAACAGGAUGUUGAUGGAAAUGGCUUCACAAGUUCUACUGGUUUCGUCUCCUUUCUCGAGGAUAUUAACCAGAGUGUGCAAGAAUACUUGAAAUGAGAUAACUGACCCAUCAUCAUCAUCAUGAAUAUUUUUUUAGAUAUUCUUCUUUCGUGGAUUAACCCAAAAUUCAGAUUUUGAAUAAUGAGAUGCUUCCUUAUUUUUUAUUUUUUUUGUAAUGGUGUUAUACUUAUACAAGUUAGAACCUUCAUUUUGAUACAUAGAUGAAACAAACUAUAGUUUUGAAAACAUUUUGAACCAGAUUUUGAUUCAGCUUUGUUUGUGUUUAUA